AUGCAAGCAUCAAACCAUCCUCUCAGAUCCUAUCACGUGGCUGUGAUCGGAGCCGGGGCCGCCGGUCUUGUGGCGGCCAGAGAGUUACGCCGGGACGGGCAUCAAGUGGUGGUCUUUGAGAAAGGUGACCAACUUGGUGGUACAUGGUUGUAUACUGCCCAGGUUGAGUCCGACCCCAUAGGACUAGACCCAACCCGGAAAAUUGUCCACACCAGUCUCUACGAGUCUCUCAGGACGAAUCUGCCCAGGGAGACGAUGGGUUUUAUGGACUACCCAUUUGCGAUCCGAGAUGGUGAAGAGAGAGACCCUAGAAGAUUUCCAGGUCACAGAGAAGUUUUGAUGUAUCUGCAAGAUUUUGCAAAGGAGUUUGGGAUUGAAGAGAUGGUGAGGUUUGAGUGUGAAGUGGUCAGUGUGGAGAUGAUUGAUGACGGGAAAUGGGAAGUCAAGUCCAAAAGGGAGAGACUUUGUAAUAGCGAUGGUCAUCAUCAUGAUUUUCUUGAUGAGAUUUUUGAUGCUGUUGUUAUUUGUAGUGGACAUUACACACAACCUCGUAUUGCUGAAAUUCCAGGGAUCGAUUUGUGGCCUGGGAAGCAUAUACAUAGCCACAACUAUCGUACCCCUGAACCCUAUAGGGAUCAAGUCAUAAUUUUGAUAGGUGAUUCAUUAAGCACUGAAGAUUUAUCCAUCGAACUUGUUGGGGUUGCCAAAGAGGUCCAUAUUGCAUCUAGAUCGGUCACGAAUGAUAAACACGAAAAGCGGCCUGGAUAUGAUACCAUGUGGCUUCAUUCUAUGGUAAAAGCAUUAACCUCGGUUGACAGUGGUGGGAGAUGGCUAUCUUGCGAGAUUUUUUGGAUGGAGUUGUUGUUUGUGCUGUGA